AUGGAGUCCAAAGGCGAACCUGAUGCUAUCUGCAGUACACCGGCAGGUGUAGCGGAAGAUAAUACGAAUAGUCCUCUGCCGUUGGAAGUUGACGAUGAUCAUGAAAGCAACUAUGAGGAUGAGUUGUAUAAACCACACUUCCCAAUUUUUCUCAUGCGGUCGAGAUACUCAGCCUCUGUAACUUCUAGUGUCGUUGAUUACCCCGUUCUACAUGGUCGCAGGUAUCAUGCCUAUCGUCAAGGCAGAUAUCUGUUUCCCAAUGAUGAACAAGAGAGCGAAAGACUCGACAUACAUCAUGCCUUGAUCAGCUUUCUUUUGAACGGCCGGCUUCAUUUGGCACCUAUCAGCAAAGACCCUCAACGGGUACUGGAUUUAUGCACUGGAACUGGAAUUGUUAUCGGAAAUGAUCUAAGUCCAACUCAGCCUUCCUUAGUUCCCCCAAAUGUGAAAUUCAUAGUCGACGAUGUUGAAGAUGAAUGGGGCUAUGAAGAUAGCCCGUUUGACUAUAUCCACGGCCGCUUUCUCAUCGCGUCUAUUAGAUGUUGGCAGAAGUUGAUACACCAGGCGUUCAAUUGUACUAAACCCGGAGGAUGGGUUGAAUUCCAGGACUGGGACGGUACCAUCCGCAGCGACGAUGAUACGUUAAAUGGAACAGACCUAUUGAUGCUUCAAGAAAGCGUUAAAGACGCAUUCAUAGAGAUAGGGAUCAACGCCAAUCCAGGCGCUGAAUGCGGUAGCUGGCUGAAAGAAGCUGGAUUUAUCAACAUUACCACUCAGAAAUAUAAGGUACCGCUGGGGACAUGGCCGAAAGACAAGCACUUGAAGGUCAUAGGGGCAUAUAACUUACUCCAACACGAUGAAGGGCUGGGAGGGAUUGCCAAUUUGCCAUUGAUCCAGAAGGGAUGGACGCCGGAGGAAAUUCAGGUCCUGCUGGCAAAGGCACGGGGGGACCUGAGAAAUCGUUCCAUCCAUGCAUAUUUCAAUUUCUACGUUGUAUAUGGUCAGAAACCUAACGUUUCAUGA